UCCGAACCGAACAGAACUACAGAAAACUUCGAUUAAAAACGGCUGUGGCAACAGAACCGAAAUCUUUGGGCAAAUAUUUGCCAAUUAAGAACCGUCGACGGCGCGUGUGUCUGUGAAUUGUGGGGUGAAGUGAAAUUGGCCAAGCCAAAUAAAAAUUCAGCCAUGUCCGAAUUUGUGCGGCAACAUGGCGAGUACGUGUGGGUGAAGCCGCAGAACACUUCCAGCGAAUUCGCAGUGCCUUUUGGCGCUCGAAUUGUGCGAACGGAAAAAACACAGACCUUGGUGUGCGAUGAUCGCAACAAGCAGUUUUGGGUGCCAGCGGGCGAUGUCCUGAAGGCCAUGCAUAUCACCUCCCAGGAGGGUGUGGAGGAUAUGAUCACAUUGGGAGACUUACAGGAGUAUACUAUACUAAGGAACCUGCAGAAUCGCUAUGCCCAGCAGCUAAUUUAUACCUACACUGGCUCUAUGUUGGUGGCCAUCAAUCCCUACCAGAUUCUGCCUAUCUACACGAAUCGGGAGAUUCAGCUCUACAGGAAUAAGUCCCUAGCUGAACUACCUCCCCACAUUUUUGCCAUAAGUGACAAUGCCUUUCAAAGACUGCAAAGACUUAAGGAGAAUCAGUGUGUGGUCAUUAGUGGCGAAUCAGGGGCUGGAAAAACAGAGAGCACCAAGUUGAUACUGCAAUACCUGGCCGCAAUAAGCGGCAAACAUUCAUGGAUCGAGCAGCAGAUUAUUGAGGCUAAUCCGAUUAUGGAGGCCUUUGGCAAUGCCAAAACUGUGCGGAAUGAUAACUCGUCGAGAUUUGGAAAGUAUAUCGAGAUCAGAUUCACACCAGAGGGUGCCAUUCAGGGAGCGAGAAUCCAGCAGUAUCUUUUGGAAAAAUCCCGCAUUGUUUUCCAGAGCCGUGAAGAACGCAAUUACCACAUUUUCUACUGCAUGUUGGCGGGACUUUCAGCUCCGGAAAGAGAGCGCCUAAAGUUGCAGGAGCAGUCGCCCAGUCAGUAUCAUUAUUUGGCCCAAGGAGGAUGCUUUACGUUGCCGGGCAAAGGAGAUGCCAAGGAUUUUGCCGACAUUAGGGCGGCCAUGAAGGUGCUUUCAUUUAAGCCAGAGGAAGUGUGGAGUAUACUCAGUUUACUGGCGGCCAUUUUGCAUCUGGGUAACCUGAGAUUUACGGCCACGGAAGUGGCCAAUUUGGAAGCUGCUGAGAUAGACGACACUCCGAAUCUACAGAGAGUUGCUCAGUUACUGGGAAUACCCGUGUCCCCUCUAAAUGCGGCUCUCACCCAAAGGACGAUCUUUGUGCAUGGUGAGCAUGUGACCACCAGUUUGUCCAAAGAAGCGGCACUUGAAGGACGAGACGCCUUUGUGAAGUCCCUCUACGAUGGCAUUUUUGUGCGCAUUGUGCGAAGGAUCAAUGAGACUAUAAACAAACAAGUCGAUCAGCCCAUGAAUAGCAUAGGUGUUCUGGAUAUCUUCGGCUUCGAGAACUUUGACAAUAACAGCUUCGAGCAACUGUGCAUCAACUAUGCCAAUGAGAAUCUACAGCAGUUUUUCGUGGGACAUAUCUUCAAGAUGGAGCAGGAUGAGUACCAAAACGAGCACAUCAAUUGGCAGCACAUUGAGUUUCAGGAUAAUCAACAAAUCCUGGAUCUGAUUGGCAUGAAACCCAUGAAUUUGAUGUCUCUUAUUGAUGAGGAGUCCAAGUUUCCCAAGGGCACUGAUCAAACUCUACUCGAAAAGCUCCAUGUUCAGCAUGGCAAUCGAUCCAUUUACGUGAAAGGAAAAACCACCCAAACCUCGCUUUUUGGAAUACGUCAUUAUGCCGGCGUGGUUAUGUACAAUCCAUUGGGCUUCCUUGAAAAGAAUCGCGAUUCCUUCAGCGGUGAUCUGAGGUCCUUGGUUCAACGAUCUGCUAAUAAAUAUUUGGUGGACAUAUUCCCUCAUGAAAUGCCCAUGGAUACGGCCAAGAAGCAGCCCACUUUGUGCGUGAAAUUUAGGAACUCUUUGGACAUGCUGAUGCGUACUUUGUCGCAGGCACAUCCAUACUUUAUUCGAUGCAUCAAGCCAAAUGAAUUUAAGGAGCCAAAGAAUUUUGACAAGGAGCUGUGUGUACGACAGUUACGCUACUCGGGCAUGAUGGAGACCGCUCGCAUUCGAAGGGCGGGCUACCCGAUCCGCCACGCCUACCGUGCCUUCGUGGAGCGAUACCGCCUGCUGGUGCCACCUGUAGGUCCUCUCGAAACAUGCGACUGCCGUACGGUGGCACGGCAGAUCUGUGAAGUUGCUCUACCCGCCGAUUCUGAUCGUCAGUAUGGAAAAACCAAGCUUUUCCUGAGGGACGACGACGAUGCCAGUCUGGAACUGCAGCGAUCCCAAGUGAUGCUUAGGAGCAUUGUGACCAUACAGCGAGGCAUCAGGAGGGUUCUGUUCAGGCGCUAUCUGAAGAGAUACCGCGAGGCCAUUAUCACGGUUCAGCGAUAUUGGCGGGGUCGUCUGCAGCGUCGUAAGUACCAGAUAAUGCGGCAGGGAUUCCAUCGCUUGGGAGCCUGUAUAGCUGCUCAGCAGUUGACCACCAAGUUCACGAUGGUCCGAUGUCGAACUAUCAAACUCCAGGCCUUGAGUCGUGGCUAUCUGGUGCGCAAAGAUUUCCAGCAGAAGUUGCUGGAGAAUCGAAAACAGCAGCAGAUGAAGAAGGAGGAGUUACUGAAGUUGGCCAAGCUAAAGGAAGCCGAAGAGGUGCUAAGAUUAAAGCAACUUAAGGAGCAGAAGCAGAAGGAGCAAAAGGAUCUGGAGGAGAAGCGAUUGAAAGAAGAGCAAAGGCUCAAGGCCGAGGCAGCUACUCGCAACGCCGUGGCCAUGGCUGCAGUGCAGCAGCCCAGGAGAGGCAGGUCCAUCAAGCAAGAGGCACCCAAGGCUCCGACCCUCCAGGCCCGAAUGUCCCUGCCACCACCGCCCACCACACUGAUAGCAGCUGCCCCACUGGCAACGCGGCCCGCCAGUGCCACCACCAGGAUCAACGUAAUACCCGAGAGUCCUGGGGGAACCAUUGAUGUGGAGUCCUCCAAGCAGAUGGUGGACGACGUGUUCCGGUUUCUCAACGACGAGCCCGACGCUGCAUUGAGGAAAUUUAAUAACAUUUCUUCAGGCGAUACUAUACGCCUACCGAAGCCAGUGACUAAUAAUAUCGAUACCACCGACUUUAGUUAUCUGAAAUAUGCCUCCACCUAUUUCUGCGGAGGCGCCACGGCGCAGCAUGAAAGAAAACCCCUGAAGCAAUCCUUAUUAAAGCAUGAGCAUCCUAUUGAUGAAAUGGCUUCUAAGGCCAUUUGGUUAACCAUCCUCCGUUUCAUGGGUGACAUGCCGGAGAUUGUUUCUUCCCCCAUUUUAAACUUAUACGACAAUGAAAACCUGAUGACAGAAAUGUCAAGCUUCUUAAGCACUUCUGGUUCUUAUAAGCCACGUUUGUUUGUGCGUCAAACCCAAAGGCGAUCCCCGAAAAUUGUGGGAAAAGGUCAAAAGGAAGCCGAGGAAUUCUACCAACAUUGGCUUAACGUUCCCAGGAGUCACCUAGAUAAACUGCACUUCAUUAUAGGGCAUGGAAUAUUGAAGGACACCCUAAGGGACGAAAUCCUUGCCCAGAUCUGCAAACAGUUAUAUCUUAACCCCAGUCGGAGCUCCUAUUCCCGUGGAUGGUUGCUCCUUUCGCUUUGCUUGAGCUGCUUUCCACCCAGCAGCGAUUUCGAGCCCCAUUUGCGAAGUUUCAUGAAGCAGGGAACCGCCCAACUGCAGGCCAUUCCCUGCUUUCAGCGAUUGGAGCGAACUCUGGUGAACGGAUCCCGCUGUCAGCCACCCUCGCUAUUUGAACUACAAGCUAUCCAGGGUCGUCAGGCCCUCAAGUUGGACAUUCACCUGAUGGACGGACAGCAGAGAAGGUUGCAGGUGGACGCGGCAAGUACCUCUCGAGAGGCGGUACAUCAACUAUGCCACGGAUUGGGUCUUACCGAUACCUUUGGCUUUGGCUUGGUAAUGUCACUGAACGGGAAGUUAGUUCCACUGGGAGCUGGUCACGAGCACGUCCUUGAUGCUAUUUCGGAGUGUGAGCAACGUCAGAUGGAUGCCCCUUGGAAACUCUACCUCCGCAAGGAAAUGUUUGCCACUUGGUAUGAUCCAUCGGUGGAUCCAAAGGCCACUCAGCUUAUAUACAAGCAAAUCUUGAAUGGCUUAAAGUGCGGAGAGUAUCGUUGCCGCUCUGAGAAAGACAUUGCCAUGGUGUGCGCACUGGCCUGUUUUAUAGAACAUGGACCGGGUGAGAUCUUUCGAUUGAAACCCGCUGAGAUAACUGCGUUUGUCCCCAGGGAUCUUCUGGCUCCAGGUGAACGAGCCAUCGAUAACUGGAGUCGGUUAAUAGCAGCCACCUAUGAAAAGAGCUCUUAUGUAAAGGAAAAACAGAAGGACCUACAAUUAGAGCCCCAGAAGAGAGCCAAGGAGGACAUCUGUCUAUUUGCUCACCUAUCUUGGCCCAUGAGACACUCUCGAUUAUUUGAAGUGAUUCGCAAAGAGGGACCCAAACUCCAAAGUGAUGAGCUGAUGCUGGGCAUCAACUCCACUGGGAUUUUCCUUAUAGACGAAACCGAACAGGUGCUGGCCUCCUGUAGUUUCGGCGAGUUACUGAAAGUUACAUUGGAAGCCAAUGAUGAACUGCAUAUAAUGACCUACCAACAUGUUAAUUUUGUACUGCAGUGCAGUACAGCUCAAGAUGCCAACGAGGUGAUAAACUAUAUGCUGGACAAUCUCCGCCAGCGUUCAAGCUUCGGAAUUGCUAUUGAUCAGGUCUUGGAGGGAGAUCAAGAAGAUUUCCUAAUCCUAUCCCCUGGUGACCUCAUCGAAUUCGAGGCAGGGGUAACGGGUGCACAGCUAUUAUCUGGCAAUGCCAAAGACUGCUAUAGGGGCUGUGUUAAUGGCCAUUGGGGUCACUUUGCUGCAGGGAAUGUUCGCAUUUUAGCCACUCUCACCAAGCCGAGCGAUAAACUACAAGAUAUCUUCAGGGAGGGCAGAUUUGAAGAACCCCCAAAACCAACGCCUCGGGCGAAUCACUCCCGUCGUCGUCAACAUAUCAUCUCUCAGCUGGCUGAGACACAUUUCAGGGAGCCAUUAGACUCUGACAAGGCUUCCCUCUCGCAGUUUUCUCCGGAACCACUGAAGGCACCUCUGCUUAAAGCUGUGGUUAAAGUACCACCACUUUUCCAACAAGCAUUGGUGAUUCAUCAUCACAUACUUAAGUACAUGGGUGACAUAGCAAAGAGCAAUCUGCCUGUAAACACGGACCUCAUCUUCCAGCCAGCUCUACAGCAUCCCCUUCUGUGUGAUGAGCUCUAUUGCCAGCUGAUGAAGCAGCUAACGAAUAAUCCAUCCAGCGAUAGCGAGAAGCGGGGCUGGGACCUGCUUUACUUGGCCACGGGCUUGGUGUCUCCCAGUGUCCUGAUUAUGAGGGAACUGAUUAUCCUGUUGCGCAUGCGUGCCGAUGCCCUUGCAGAUGCCUGCCUCAAACGGUUGAAACGUUCCUUGGCCCAAGGACAGCGAAAACAAGCGCCACAUCUCAUUGAGGUUGAGGGCAUUCAACAGCGCUGCCUGCACAUCUACCACAAGAUAUAUUUUCCCGAUGAUACAGUUGAAGCUUUCGAGAUUGAAUCACACACCCGGGGAGCAGAGCUCAUUGCGGAUAUAGCUCAAAGAUUGGAACUCAAGUCACUUGUGGGCUAUAGUAUUUUUUUGAAGACCGGCGAUAGAGUGUAUGCCAUGCCGGAAGAGGACUUUGUUUUUGAUUUCAUAACUCAACUUAUUUACUGGUUAAAACAGCAGAAGACCCUGCGUUCCAUAUCCGAUGGUCACUACCAACUGCACUUUAUGAGAAAGUUGUGGUUGAACAACCUUCCAGGGGAAGAUCCAAAUGGAGAUGUGAUCUUCAGCUAUCCCCAAGAGCUUCACAAAUACCUAAAAGGCUAUUAUCCUAUCGAUUGCGAGCAGGCCUCGCAUUUGGCUUGUCUUGUGUACAGUGCGGAUCAUGAUGUGAGCUUGCAAAGACUACCGGAAGUGCUGCCACGUUUAAUACCAGAAGAUCUAAUACCUCUUCAAACCGUGGCUGAAUGGAGGCAACAAAUCCUGCCCAAACUCCACCGCGAUCAUUUGACUGAGGAUCAUGCCAAGCUUUUGUUCCUCCAAGAACUCUGCCAUUUCUCUUGUUUCGGUUCCACUUUCUUUGUUGUCAAACAGCAAAACGAGGAUGGCCUACCGGAAUCGCUCUUAGUAGCAAUUAACAGCUCUGGAUUCCAUCUGUUGGAUCCACAAACUAAAGAGAUCCUUCGCAGCUACGAGUACUCCCAAUUGGGAAUGUGGAGCUCGGGCAAAAACCACUUCCACAUCCGGUUUGGUAACAUGAUCGGAGCCUCGAAGCUGCUGUGCAGCACCACCCAAGGUUACAAAAUGGACGAUUUGCUGGCCUCUUAUAUGAGGUAUUUUAAUGAAAACGAGUAA